AUGGAUAUCGAGCACAACGUCACGGCCUCUACACCCCUCACGUCGACAUCCCAAUUUAUACAGGCCGACGACGACGACCUGGACGAGGAUGACAUCCCCGCAUUCACGCACCCGUCCAUUCAGCCGGCGUCUCCGAGUCCCGACAAAGGCAAGGCGAGGGCACCCGAGCAGCUCGCGCCGCCCUCUGGCUCAGUCCCCUCGGUGUCCGGGAAUAUCGGUAGCUCGAGUGGUGGAGGGGUGAAGCCUUCUCGGCAGACUGUUGGCGGUGUGCAGGUCGAAACGCGAUAUACUGGGGCGGAUACGCUGGAUGAGCCCGUGACGGCGACCAUUGUACGCUGCUCUUCUUUCAGUCCCUGA